AGGAAGGCGCCAAUUUUUGUAAUUUCUCCGUCCAUGGAUAUAUGGUCCCGUCGAAAUAGUUGGUUUGUUUUCAGUUUGUUGCGACAAUGGGUGAAAACACAUUCCCUGUGUACACUGCGGACGCGAUAACGAACUUUUACAGAACAGAAGUUCUCGUCGGCCAAGAAUCGAAACACUUCACAAAGGGCGACCUGACUCCCGUUCCCAAGCCAGAGGCGGUUCAGAUGCUAUACAUGAGAGUGUUGCAUCUCCUGUAUCGCUUCAGACCUGAGUGUCACUCCAUGGUUCCACUGCUGGAGAACAUUCAGUAUCCAGAGUAUCAUGAGGGGGCGGCUGCUAUCAUGAGCGUCUACGUGCGCAUGCGGCAGUUUCUGCCAAUGUGCUUGGUGUAUGACUUUUCACUGAAUGACCUUCUGGCACCAAAGAAACAGAGAACUCUGACUGUUCUAAGCGCCAUCAUGAACUUUCUUCACUUCAGGAAGCAGAGGAUGGAUGUGAUCUCAGAGAAACAGGCUAAAUUAAGGGCAGACAUGGACAGGCUGCAGACUUACACCAAAGGCAACCUGGAGGCAGAAAAGAAGAUUGAGAUGCUGACGACCAUCCCACCCGAGCAGCAGGCUGAGUCUGACGAGCUGGCAGCCGCUCUCUCUGAACUGCAGGCCACCACCGUGCAUGAAUACCAGGAAGUGAACGCAAAAAACGACAGCAUCGCAGAGCUGAAAACAAAAAUCGCAGAGAAGACUCAGAAACUGGCCCAGGUUAAGGUGGACGUCAGCAACCUGAAAGAAGACAUCACCAAACUCAAGUCUCAGAUCGUGGAGUCUCCAGAGGAGCUGAAGAGCCAGAUGGAGAAGAUGAGGGAGAACGUCAAGAACAUCAAGAACUCCAUCGAAGAAACAGAUGAGCGAGUGGUGGAGCUGCAGAGCAUGGUGCAAAAUGUGACCCACACUGAGGCGGAGAUCCAGCAGACGUUCACCCUGCUGCAGGAGCUGGAGAGCAGCAUGAUCAACACCAAGCAGCAACAGGAGGAGGUCCAGGAACUGACAGCCCAGUAUGAGAAGAGUCAGAAGGAGCUGAAGAACCUGUGCUUUGAGGAAGGCCAGUUGAAGAGAGUUCUGGGCAUGAAGCAGGAUAAAGAGUCCAAACAGAAACUCCGCAGACAGAAGAAGAGGGAGAUGAAGGAGCAACACGUUCAAGACAUGUUGGGGCAGUGUAACCAGAUCCAUCAUAAGCGUGAGGAGAUGGUUGACAAAAUCCAACAGAUCUCCGGGGAGACGCAGCAGCUGAAAGCUAAGAUCCAGAGUCUGAAGGACGUCUGCAGCAGAGAGACAGAGAAAGCUCAGGUUCUGUAUGACACUCUUUCAACUUCGAUGGACGAGUUGCACAGUAGAAUCGAGAUGCAGACAGUGGACCUGAAACAAGUUGUCACCAAGAUGUCUGAAAACUUCUAAAUCAUUUUCACCUUUUAUAUUACUGUGUGUUGUCAGUACUUUGUUGUUGUUUUGUAUGUGUUCUAACCUUUUGUUGCCUUUUGAUCUUUACUAUUUAAAUGUUUGAGUUGUAUAUUAAAAGUAUAUGUUGUAAUCUUUGACACAAUAAAUCUGUUCAGUCCUGUGUAUAUAUAA